AUGACCGUCGCACCUUUAUCCCAAGAUGAAUUGGAUGAAAUCUAUGCCUUCGCCGUAGACCUGGGCCGUAAGGCAGGCAACCUGCUUAUGGAACGUGUCGAUCAGCGUAUCUCCGGUGCAAAUGGUGACUCUAAUACCUUCGAAGAGAAGGAAAACGCAGUAGAUAUCGUCACGCAAACCGACGAGGACGUCGAGGUAUUCAUCCGAGGCGCCCUCGAGUCAAGAUACCCCACUCACAAGUACGUCAUAUCACUGCGACAAGUCGCAGCAAAGCUAACAGAAUUCCCCCGCAGAUUCCUCGGCGAAGAAGCAUACGCGAAAGGCCAAUCGCGCGACUACCUCAUUGACGAACAGCCGACAUGGUGUAUUGAUCCUUUAGACGGUAAAUUAGCACCCCCUCAAACACUCCCAAGUCCCAACUAUCAAUACAAGCGAGGCAAUGUGCAUCACAAGAGACACAAAGUAACACCACCGAACCCAGGAACCGUCAACUACACACACAUCUUCCCCAUGUUCUGCGUCUCGAUCGGCUUUAUCGUGCAGCACAAGCCAAUCAUAGGCGUUAUCUACGCCCCUUUCACAAACCAGCUCUGGUCCGCCUGUAGCGGGCGUGGCGCCUGGUUAAACGAGACUCGCCGUCUCCCGCUCAUCCAUAACCCCAUACCGCCAAUGCCCGCCAAUGCACCUUCGCAAUGCAUUUUCUCCUGUGAAUGGGGUAAAGACCGUCGCGAUAUCCCUGACGGAAAUAUGCAUCGCAAGAUCGAGAGCUUUGUCAAUAUGGCGGCGGAAGUGGGUGGUCGGGAUGGAAAGGGUGCUAUGGUGCAUGGUAUGCGGAGCUUGGGCAGUGCGACGCUUGAUCUUGCGUAUGUUGCUAUGGGGUCUUUUGAUAUUUGGUGGGAGGGAGGUUGUUGGGAGUGGGAUAUUGCUGCUGGAGCUGCAAUUUUACUGGAGGCUGGUGGGCUUAUGACAACUGCGAAUCCUCCGCAAGAUGUGGAUACGGCGCCGAUCGAGGAUGUUAGAUUGGGUAGUAGAUUGUAUUUGGCUAUUAGGCCUGCUGGUCCCUCUGCCACCGAAACAGGUCGCGAGACACAGGAAAGGACAGCGAGAGAGGUGUGGCGCCGAGUGCGUACCCUAGAUUAUUCGAGGCCUGGUGCCUGA